UCCGUGCGGGACUCGUUUAUUCCGGCUGGUGAUUCCGUGGUGUUCGGGUUGUAUCCAGUUUUGUGAAGUCGACGGUUUUUGGGACCGUUUAGUGGAAGGUUAAUUGAUUUGCAAACAGGUCAAAACGGGCUGUGUGGAACAAAGUGUGAAGGUGGCAAAAUCGGGAAACAGCAAGUGUAGUAACUACCUUCGAGAAAACACCUCCCCCACGGUUAGAAGAAAAGUGAAAGUGUGUAGGAUUCUGCUAAGAACGGUUCUUAAGGUGGAAGAUUUGGUUUGCGAAAGAUCGUGAAAAGUUCAAGUGAAUAGCAAAAUUGACUCAAAGAAACAUUUCUACGGAUUAGGAAAAACUAUAGUGAAGAACUGCUGUGUGCAAAAUCGAAUCGAAUCUGCUGAAAAGUCUCAUCCUAUUCUACGAAGUUUUCCUCAUUAACGUAAUCCCUGAUCUCCACCGUUGCCAGCGAUGGCACCUAACGUUCUUGGGAAUACACUGCUGAUAGCAGAGGCAUGCAUCGAACCGGAAGACCCAAAUAACAACCAGAUCAAAGCGAACAAAUCGAUUUUGAAUGUACGAACAACGGUCGAGCCAAGUGCGAUAGCAACAGCCAAGUCACGUGCCCAGGUCGACGAGUUCCAGAAGACUGAAUCCAUCAGCAGUAGCGGUAUCAAGAGCUCCUAUUUCCAGGCCGCUUUGGUGUGGCGCAACAUAAUCGCUUUCGUUUACCUUCACGGAGGAUUCCUGUAUGGUCUCUACUUGGCGUUUACCGUUGCGAAGGGCAGCACUAUCGUACUAGCAUUCAUUCUGGGCAUGUUCGGCGCCUUUGGUAUCACGGCCGGUGCCCAUCGCCUAUGGUCGCAUCGUUCGUACAAAGCCAAGUGGCCCCUCCGGCUGAUAUUGAUGAUUUCGCAGACGCUAGCCUUCCAGAACAGUAUCUACGAGUGGGUGCGGGACCACCGGGUGCAUCACAAAUUUACCGACACCGAUGCCGACCCGCACAACGCCAAGCGUGGGUUUUUCUUCUCGCACAUCGGCUGGCUGAUGAUGAAGAAGCACCCGGACGUGAGGGAGAAAGGCAAAACGGUGGACAUGGCCGACCUGGAGACGGAUGCGAUCGUGAUGUUCCAGAAGAAAUAUUACGCCGUGCUGAUGCCACUAUUUUGCUUCGUAAUUCCAACUUAUCUGUCGUAUCACUUCUUGGAUGAAACAUUUUCAAACUCUUGGUACAUUGUGGCUAUCUUCCGCUACGUCCUAUCGCUAAAUGGAACCUGGCUGGUGAACAGUGCAGCCCAUAUCUGGGGAACAAAACCCUACGACAGGAAAAUUUCCCCAACCAACAGCACCUUCGUAGCGAUCGCAGCGGUUGGCGAGGGCUGGCACAACUACCAUCACGUGUUCCCCUGGGAUUACAAGACUUCGGAGUUGGGCAAGUACAGCACCAAUUUUACGACGGCGGUGAUCGAUUUCUUCGCCAAGAUCGGCUGGGCAUACGACCUGAAAUCGGUGUCGGAUGACAUGAUCAAGAAACGGGUGCUGAGGACGGGCGAUGGAUCACAUGCCUACAGCGAGGAGCACCUGCGGGAGAAAAUGGUUGACUACGUCAACAGUCUGGAUCACGAACAGGAGAAUGUCGUGUGGGGCUGGGACGAUCACGAUAUGGCCGAAGACGACCGGAGGGACGCGACGGUUAGCAACAAAAAGGAUUAGUGAGGAGAUCGUGGAUCUCUAAUUGCUUAGGGGAUCGAUAGGAAACGGCCAGGCGCGGUUUCUCUGACUGCUGGAGUUUAUUAAGUAUACUGGGUCAAUGUUAUUUACUUGCUUUGAUCGAUGAUGGAUUUCUCUUGUGUAACUAGCGGGUAGUGUUCCUUUGACUCAGGAGAGAAGGGACUUGCUAGUAUUAGGCAACGAGGAAGAAACUGUAGCUCAAGUGAAUUGUUUAAUUUAUUCUUUAGUUCUUCAACUUGCGUGAUGCAAGAAAUACUAGUACUAAGUGAAUGUCAUACGGAUGCAGUAAUUGUAGUGUUUCGUACGAUUUAGGAUGAAUAAAUGCAAAUUUCUUCAACAA